AUGCUCUGUAAUAGUAUUCGAGGGGGGAGAUUGGUUUUGAGACACAACAUAUAUAAAUUUAACCCUUCAAGAUGUUUAAAUAGACCUACUUUAAUUGUACAAUGGCCAUGCCAGGGUUCGCUUUUUUUUACUGGUUCAAGAAUUCUUCAGAACAUCAAUAAGGAAGUUGAUUCCUCGAAAACAGCAAAUGAAAAAAUAACAUCCAUUCCUUCCAGCUUAAUUGAUGGUGAUGCAGGAAAAGUUAAACUAUCUACCACAGCGGUUCCACCAGCUGCAGAUAAACCAGAAAACAAUAAAACUCCUACGAUUUCAGAAUUAAAAAUUAUGAAAGAAUUAUUUAAAUACUUAUGGCCAAAAGGUGAAAAGAAUGUCAAAUUGAGAGUAAUAAUAGCUGUAUCGCUGCUUAUUGGAGCUAAAUUACUUAAUGUUCAAGUUCCAUUUUUCUUUAAAGACACAGUGGAUUCAAUGAAUGUAGAUUGGUCUGAUAGCACAGUCGCUUUACCAGCUGCAAUAGCUUUGACAAUAAUUUCAUAUGGUGCUGCCAGGUUUGGUGCAGUUUUAUUUGGAGAAUUAAGGAAUGCGAUUUUUGCAAAAGUAGCUCAAAACACAAUCAAAACGAUAUCUCUACAAACAUUCGAUCAUUUAAUGAAAUUAGAUCUUGGUUGGCAUCUAAGUAGACAAACCGGUGGUCUAACAAGGGCGAUGGAUAGAGGUACCAAAGGUAUUUCCUAUGUUUUAACUGCAAUGAUAUUCCACAUAAUUCCAAUAACAUUUGAAAUAUCAGUUGUCUGUGGUAUCUUAACCUAUCAAUUCGGCGCAUCUUUUGCUGGGAUUACAUUUACUACAAUGUUACUAUAUGGUAUUUUUACAUUACGAACUACGGCUUGGAGAACAAAAUUUAGAAGACAAGCUAAUAAGGCCGACAACAAAGGUGCAAGUAUUGCGUUAGAUUCGUUGAUCAAUUUUGAAGCAGUCAAGUACUUUAAUAAUGAACAAUACCUUGCUUCAAAGUACAACACUUCAUUGAAAAGCUACACGGAAGCUCAGGUAAAAGUUGCACAAUCAUUAGCAUUCUUGAACUCUGGGCAGAACUUAAUAUUUACUUCAGCUUUAACAGCAAUGAUGUACAUGGGUUGUACAGGUAUACUUGGUGGAAAUCUAUCCGUGGGUGAUCUAGUUUUGAUUAAUCAAUUAGUUUUUCAGUUAUCUGUCCCACUAAAUUUUUUAGGUAGUGUAUACAGAGACUUAAAGCAAUCGCUAAUUGAUAUGGAAUCUCUUUUUAAAUUGAGGAAAAAUGAAGUAAAGAUCCUAAAUAACAAAAAUCCUGCAAUAUUAUCAUUAAAGGACGGUCCAUUUAAUAUUGAAUUCAAAAAUGUAACUUUUGGUUAUGACCCAAAUAGAAAAAUUCUAAGAAAUGCAUCAUUCAUAAUUCCGGCAGGUGUUAAGACUGCUGUUGUAGGUCCAUCAGGUAGUGGAAAAUCAACAAUAUUGAAAUUAGUUUUUAGAUUUUACGAUCCUGAAGAAGGCCGAGUGCUCGUGAAUGGCAUUGAUGUCAGGGAUUAUGACUUGGACUCUUUAAGACGAGCAAUCGGUGUAGUUCCGCAAGACACACCAUUGUUUAACGAUACAAUUUGGGAAAAUGUUAAAUUUGGAGAUGUUACAGCUACCGAUGAACAGAUAUUAAAUGCAGUCGAAAAGGCCCAAUUAGGAACCUUAAUAGAAAAACUACCAAAGAAAUAUGAAACGAUUGUAGGCGAGCGAGGCUUAAUGAUUAGUGGAGGUGAGAAACAAAGAUUGGCUAUAGCUCGUGUCUUACUUAAAAAUGCUCCGAUUAUGUUUUUUGAUGAAGCAACCAGUGCCUUGGAUACUCAUACGGAACAGGAACUAUUGAAGACCAUAAAGAACAAUUUUGAUAAAGGUUCAAGAACUAGUGUUUACAUUGCACAUCGUCUAAGAACAGUCGCUGAUUCAGAUAAAAUAAUUGUAUUGAAAGAAGGCUCUAUCUUUGAAGAAGGUACGCAUCUAGGAUUGCUAUCUAAACCAAAUUCUUUAUACAAGGAUUUAUGGAAUAUUCAAGAAAAUUUGGAUAUGAUUAAUGAUUCCUUAAAAGUGAAACCUGUAGGGAAACUACGGUAA